AUGAGGGAAACAACAACCGGUGGUGGUGGACGAGAACAAAAUCACCAUCACGAACAACCACUUUCGAAGAAGUUUAAGAAGAACAAACAAAAGGAACAACAAAUCGCCACGGACGAGCAGGGCCGCCGGCGCUUCCACGGCGCGUUUACCGGAGGGUUUUCCGCGGGGUAUUUCAACACGGUCGGGAGUAAAGAAGGGUGGCAACCGAAACAGUUCAAGAGCUCGAGAGCGAAUGACGAGAAAAAACAACAACAACAGACGAUGGAAGAUUUCAUGGACGAGCAGGAAUUGGAAGAGUACGAGAAAGGGAAGAUGAGGACAAACGCAGAGUACGACGCGUUCGGGAAGGAAGGGGAGGUGAUGGCCGGAUUCCGACGGAUCGAAGGCGAAGAAGAGGAAGAGGAGGAGGAAGACGGAACAACCGGGCGGCGGAUGGCGUUCGGUACCGCCGCGGCGGAGGAGAGGACGAAGCGAGAAGAAGAAAAGAAGCGAGGGUUUUCAAAAGCCUUGGCGAAAAGUAUACUCGACUACGUGAAACCAGUCAUUAGUGGCAUCGGGACGAAAUUGUUGGUGAAAAUGGGAUGGAGAGUCGGGAAGUCCUUGGGGAGACGUAAGAAGAAAGUGAACGGUAAAAUCGUGUUCAAAGCGACGAAAGAGGACGAGCAGGCGUGGAGAACACGGUACGGGCAACAGCUGGUGUCACUGUUAGGAGGAGGAGGAGGAGUGAUCAAUGUUAAAGAUAACAGUUGGGGCAUCGGGUACGAUCCGUACGCAGGAGCGGAAGAAUUUCGGAAAAGAGACCAACACGAGUUGAUGAAGAAAAGAGAGCGAUAUUCGAAAGAAGGCGAGAAGAAACAGCGAGGCGCGGCAUUUGGGUUAGGCGCGUUUGAAGUAGACGACGAUAUGAACGUAUACGACGAAAGACCUAGAGAAAAGAAAGCGGAGUAUACUUUUGAAUUAAACUCCGAGGACGAGGAAAAGGACGACGACGAGAACGAUCGAUUCGGGCGCGGAGCCGAUCACCGGCAAAAAGACGCGUUACGGAAUCCUUUAGGGGUAAAACGGUUACCGGAUCGUGCAACAAGAGACGCGAUCGAAAGAGGGCAUAAGUUCCCAGGAUUUGUGGAGAGUGAUACGGUACCGGAAGAAAUAGAGUGGUUUCAAGCGCCGGAAGUGCCGAAAGAGUUUAACGAGCGACACGUUUUCGAUACAGACGGCGUUACCAAGGAUACCAUCGAUAAGGAAAAAGAAGAGGACGAAGAAGAAGAAUUACCGCCGCCGCCGCCUCAAAUGCGCAAACUUUCCGAGGAGAAACGUAAAGUCAUCGAAUCGUUGGCGCGUUUUGUCGCGCGAAACGGCGAGGCGUUCGAGAAGUUGGCGAAACAAAAGCAAAAGAAGGAUAAGAAAUUUUCGUUUCUUUUUGGCGGCGAAGGCGCGAGCUCGUACGCGUACUGUUUGAAAAAAGCAAAGUUGGAAGAGAGGAGAAACGCGCGGAUAGUGUUGGCGAGCGCGAAAGAAAAGAUUGCGCCGUUACUUUCCGCGGCAAAAGGGUACGACAUCUCGAAACAGCAAAAGCACGACGCGGAGUCUCGAGGGAAACUUUUAGGAGAAGAACCUUUGAAACGCACGGUACCGCCGCCGCCGCCGCAACCACCAUCAGUCCAAGACGAAAUGAUGAAAAUUCCAGCGCGAGGUCAACCAAUCGUCGAUGACGUCAAGAAGGUCAACCUUUCAGCCGCAAUCAAUGAAAAAGAUAAAAGUCAGAUCUUAGCGACCAUGUCGAAUAUGUUCACCACCUCGGGACAUAUCGUCAACGCGGAAGUGCCGUCUGGUGGUUUACAAACCGCUAAAGAACUCGCCAAGAUUCGCGAAGAGAGAGAGAAACUGGAAGCUGUCGAGGCAGCAAACUUGAAGAACGUCGAGAAAGAGCGAGAUGCGCAACGCGAGGCAAUGUCGAGGAUGAUUGUAAACACGAGAACGACUAUUCCGUGGUCGCCGGCGUUACUCUUGUGUAAACGCCUCGGUAUUCAAGACCCGUACGCCGGACGCGAACACGCGCGACCGUCAAAGUUCAAAGCGAGCUUUAAAACAGAAACUGUGGAUCUCCUCCCAGAGACGACGCAGAUCCGUUUGGGAAAGCAGCCAAAGCUCAUGUCAAAAAAGGAAAGAGAAGAUAUGACGAAUAAAAAGACAGACGACGAUGACGCAAAAGUGGUGAAGGCGCCAAAAGAUGAUCAAGACGAUGUGGGAGAAUUGGACGCUCCAGGCCAGUUGAUGCAAGUGCCUCCACCUCCUCCUCCCUUACCUUUACGCGAGAAGCCGAUGGAUUUGUUCAAAGCUAUUUUCGAAGACUCCGACGAUGAGGAGGAGGAAGAGGAUGAAAGUUCUUCCGAAGAGGAAGAAGAAGACGAAAAGGAGCAGCAACAACGACAACAACAACAACAAAGAGAGGAAGUAGAAGGAGACCUCGACAAACCGAUGCCUCCUCCGAAAUUCAUCCCUAGACCGAAAAAAUCUGUCGAAUCACUUCCUCCUCCACCACCGCCAGUUUUUGGAAAAAAGGAGGAGGAAAAGCCCCCUGUUUUCCUUGGAUCUUCCGCGUUUGGAAAGAACAAGAGCGAUAGGAAACGAAAAAGAAAGAAAGAAGAAGAAAGAGAAAAAGAAAAAGAAAGAGAAAAAGCGCAAAGAUAG